UUUUUUUUUCAUCAAUUUUUUAAAAGCUUUUUAUUAAAAUAUUUUAUUCAAGUUUUAAAUUUUCAACUAGGGGCUGGUCUCACUGCUAACAUUUGUCAUCGUAAUAAAUAUAGAAAUAUGAUAAAAAAUAUAUUUUGUAAAUAUCACCUAAUAUAUGGUAAUUUUGGAUUGCGUUGCUAAAGAAAACUUGAACUUUGCGUAAUUUUUUCACAAUAAACAAUUAUUUUUUAUGAAGUCAAGGAAGCCAGUAACGAAAGGUAAAUACCUUACUAGGUUAGAGAACAAAAAAGAAGAAGAGAAAGAGCCUUAAAAAGCCGUUUGUAUCCUGAUACUGCCACCAAGGCUCAGAGCAAUAAGACUGACAAAAAUUAUGAGGCAGUAACUCAGAUGUUUAAAAUGUUUUUUUUUUGUGAAUUUGGGCAUUUGCGGUCAGCGGAAGGAGGUCAGCGAUUUUUCAGGCCAAUAACCGUUAAACGCACAACAGGGUCUCCUUCUCCUUUGCCUCUACAACCUCGAAAAGUCGCGGCCUGCUAUGGCUUUCUGUGACUUGAUUUUAUCCGUUGCUGGAUAGUAAGUACUACGUACGGGGAGGCGGUCUGGUUGGGUUUUGAAUCCCGUUCCUGCCGUGGGAAGACCAGCUCAGCUAUGGCCUCGGCCACCGAAUUGCUUCAGGAUCUAAGAGCACAGGUAUCAGGGAGCCACAGGCUUGGUGCUUGAGAGGACAACCCGGGACUUCCCUGAUGACGUAGACAUCAUGGUUUCAUCAACCUGAUAUUAAUCAUCAGGAAAAACUGAUAUUAAUAUUAAAUGAUAUUUAAGAGUAAACAAUUAACAAACAACCAUCAAAGAUAUACAAAUUGAAAUUGCUAAAAUGCUGUGGCUUUAAAAUGUAUAAACAAACUGAAUAAAUUUGACCUUAUAAUUAUAUAUUCCUAUAUUGUAAAAGGGUUAAAAAUUGCAGCUCUGAAUUAUUCUAAAGUUUUAAUGUAUGCAUUUGAAUGAACCCUAAAAUUUAAAGGUUUGUAAAUAAAAUUAGUGUAAUACCUAAUACUAUAUGCCUUCACUUAAACACUUUUGUAUAUUCGUUUAUAAUAGCCUGUCCUCAAUGCUUACUUAAAAGCAUUUAACCAUAACGUAAAACAAACUUUUUAUUCUUAAGCUGGUAAAAAAAUCUCAUAAUUCCUCAUACCUGCGAUGAGUCAUUGCGAAAGGGUUCCUGUUUUUUUUACUAGCGUACAAUGACCCAAUGAUCACGACUUACGACAGUUUAUUGAUGUUUCAUUCCGUAAGGAUCAUCUUUCGUUGUAUCAUACCUCCUCGUACUAGAAUAUAGGUGUUGCUCCCGGAUUUAAAACGGCCCAAGAUGAUCUCACUCCUCCCGGUUACGAUCGGUUUUUGUAAAACUCCCUAAAGCCAAACAGUUACUAUGUGUUCAAUGAAUUUUAAAUUAAUCUAUUGUUUUACGAGCGCUUUAAACGACCGACCAAGCUCAAAGAUACGCUUCCGUUCGUAGAAAGCUAUUCUUCUCGUAUCUUCCAUUUUUACGGGUGCGAAAGAUAAUUGCAAUAAAUUAUCUUAAAGCACUUUUUUGUGGACAAUUUAUUUCCAAAACUGAGACGCCCAUGACGUGAAAGCCGGUAGCCACACUUCAAUACGCCCUUUGCGGUAGCGUUCGGUUCCGAUCAUUUACAUAGCCGUUAAACACGGUGCCAAACAUCCCCUAUCGUCUAUCAAUUACCAGUUUCUCGCCGGAUUCUGUUGGUAAGCGAUACCGUUGUGCCGAUGGUGCCGAAAACAAAGUCUUGGUCCUUUCAUCUAAACACCAUUUAGCUAACGAAAGAUGUGUGAAGAUAAAAAUGGCCGGCCGGGAAAAAAAAAUAAAACAAAAGAUGAUUCAUCCGUCUCAUACUCAUACCGUCGAUCGUCUAUGGAAUUUAAAAUCUAGCAGACAACGCAGCGUCAAAAUAUGUCGCGCUUUGUGAAAAUCAAACAGAAAAAAGGCAAAGUCACGCAUAAUUUAAGUUUGCAUGUAUGUACUGUUGGAAAGACAUUAAAUAAGAAUUUCCUAUUAGCUCACGUUGAUCUAUUUGGUUUAGACUGUUCUCUAUAGUAAAUUUUUAAAAGGUUUAAUUUUCUAAAACUUAAAUAUCAAAAGGGAAAAUUAUGAAAAACUAAUAAAUAAAUUAGAUUCCAGUCAAACGACAAAUAUUAAAAAAAAAACUACAAUAAAAACACAUUUUUCGUUUAACUAACUGUGGGCUACAAUUUUCAAUGGAGGCGCAUGAUCAUUUUCAUUCCAAGCACAUGUAGCACAUACCAUCGGUUCGGGUAUCAAGCUCUUAUAAGUUGAAAGUUUUACAAAAAAAUAUCCAACUGUGUGAGCAUUCACCCCUUGCAGAAUGAAUAUCGUACCACGUUCUCUUUCUUUCUUUUCCUUUGGAUUUGCCGCUCGAUCUUCAUGGUUGUAAAAAAUCGCGAUAUCCGUCAAACAUAUCAAGUUACAUUCGAUUCAACCCAUCUAUCCACCGUGCGCUCAUCGACUUGAAUAUUCUAUUUUGGACUCUAUUUUGAAUACUAAAUUCCGAAUAAUUUUUUUUUAUUCAUAAAGGACGGCCUGGCCGUAUUGCUGAAUUCCGAAUAAUAAUGUUAAACUAAAAGGAAAAUUAAAGAUAAAGAUAUAUAAUUUAAUAUUUUCCACAAAUUUCUCCAGCAAUCUACUGCAGCUGAAAAUAACACGUUUCUAGUAGUCGCUAUAAAACCAAAUUCAACCAUAACUCGAACGUUGUAACGAGAGAACAUCCUGAAAUUGUGCAAAUUAGCGACAGUCUCAGCAUCGCCACCCCUUUCGAAGCCCACCGUCACCACCGAUCAGUUUCGUAGCUCGUCAUCCGUCUUCGGAUGCCGUCGCGGAAUAUAAUUCUUCCAGAACUGGUUGAGCUUGCCGGCAAAACCCCACCCAUCGUUCCGGGAUAGCCGAAAUAAUCUCACGCCGAUCGCGCCGUAGCAGCAGAUCGAUGGACAUCUCGUCAUCUGGGUUUGAUCGUACACGAUCGAUCGGCUCAUCGUAAUAUAGGAGCGCUCACCGGUUCUCUCCCGCUCGGCGAAAACAUUUUUUUGCACUAGCGACCUAUAAAUGCGAGACUCGCUGGCGACGCUGCCUUCAGUCAGUCGGUUGCCGGUCGAUCAGCCGGACUCAUCCGUGUGCUUUCGGGUUCGGAUUCUAGACAGGGCAGAGCAUUACGCGCAAACUCCACCAUAUCGAUACUAGUGAUUUGAUUGACCGAUCGUUAACCAGCGCCUGUGCGUGUGUGUGUGUCUGUGAAAGAUUAGUGUACUUUACGAUCAGCUGAUUAUGAACUUUAGUCCGGUACCGUACAAUUGAACUGGCGACGACUUGCAGCAGUAACAACGGACAACAGUUUGUUUUGCAAAGAGCAUCGCAUAUGAAAAAAAGCAUCAAGUGAGUGAUCAUUACACCAACUCAUUAAUUAAGCCGAUAACCUUUUGCUAAAAGGUUUGCUCGAUUGUGCCCGUGCUCGUGCGCCAUGUGCAGUGCAUUGUGUGCGUAGCAAAAUAUUGAUCCGAUCCGAUAAGCGUGCAAAAAACACCAUCGCGAGUGCACGCGAAACCACACGAAGCCGGCGCCGAUUAGUUCCGGUCGUGCGAAGCAAUGCUUAAACGCGGGUUGCUUUGCGUGGUGCACCGUCUUACUGGCACUGGUACGAUAAUGGAUUUAUGUUGUGCGAAAACUAUCACUACAUUCAUCUGGAGAUAAACAAAAAAGGAAGCAGAGAAGUAGCUUAGUGUGCGCCACCAGCAAGUGAUUAACGUCAGGAAUCGGGCAAGGGGAAAAAACUGAACAACAUUGUGCAAUCAAGCUCGCAGUUCAUCAGGGCGCAAGGUUCUAAUCAGCAUUUGAUCGUUUAAAACAAUAAUUAACAUGGGCAUGUUCUUAAGUCAUUAAAACGGCUUCAAUCAGUGUGUUAUUUGCUCCACAUGGAGAUGGAAUCAGAGCUCAAGGUCGGUUGUGUGCACGCGUGUUAAAAUUUAAAAAAAAAUCUAUAGAAAUUUUUAACUUAAAAAAAACAACUUAUAGAACAAUAUAAGUGAAGGUUGGAUAUGUAAACAUCAUAAAAAAAACAAUUUGCAUAAAGAGAUGCAGCCAACUCCUGCAUAAAACCCCUUUUAUCUAGCAAAAGACUUCAACGCGUCAGCAAGCGACGAACCCCAAAAACAAUAUCGCAUCAACACAGUUUCCACCCGAUAGGAAUGUUUAGUUCCGGUAACGUAAACUGUACGCACUUAACAACCGUCCUUCAACUUAUUAAUCGAUGGACUACCGACGAUACAACCGGCCAGCAGCGGCUUGUAAGCGCCAACCGUAGACCUUGACAUAUUAAAGGCGAGGCGUUACAAACCCUCCCCGCCGAUGGUAAUAAUGAACUGCUGAGGCCCACCGGAGCUCUUCGUUCCAAGCACCAAACAAUCGUGCGUAACAGUAUGCAUCGGUCAAGAAACAUCCUCAACCGUGUGGUUUUUUGCGCAUAAAAAAGAGAUUAGUGUUUUUAGUGCGCAUUAUCGGUGACAUCUCGUAAACAUCGUCCAUUAAACUCGACAUUAACCAACGGCUUAACAGCCACGCGUAUCGGGCGUAAAAAAAAUGUGAUGGAAGAACCAUCUAACCCAUCCCUCGUAACACUAAAUCUAGAUCCGCCUUCGCGAACUGGUUUGUGGCUUUCGAGAUUCGUCUCUUCGCCGUGACGAUCCUCCGACCGGGGCCGGGCUACAGCAUCGUCAACUCAUCGUCAUCGUUGUGAAUGGUUUUUGCAUGCAUGUUGUGAAGUGGAGAAUAGCCGUACACACAUAACAUACACACGCGCGCCCCAACAUUCCGAUACGCCAGCGAUCGAGUCAAUCACCGCGCCAUCAAAAGUCACGUGCAUCACAUUGAAUCGCUCCUGUCUAUCAACGGCAUUUGUUUUUUCUCUCUCUCCACUUUCAAUUAUACAGACAAUUCUCACAGGCACCAGAUUCCGGCACCGGCGGCUACCCAUCGUUACGAGCAUCGCUCUCACAGCCGAGCAGUUAAUUAAGCUGUAACGGCUCUCGAUUGCCCGCCGCUAGUGGAAACAAAACAAAUCCCAAAUUAUAAAUACCCUAGCGUGCCCUCCGGCACUGGUCGUGAAUUCAAAUUCGCCUGCCAAAUCCGUUAACGGAAGCGAGCACACGCACACACACACCGAACGAGCAGACGGAGGAUUUGUAAGAACAUCUCAAUCGAACAACGACGAUUGACGCGACAGACCUGGUGGCGUUGGACACCGUAGAUUGCUGGGUGAGGCAAAGAGCGCGGGCAGCGGAGAGGCAGGGCCGCGAGAGAUCUAGGCGCGAGCGCCACGGCAGAAGGAUGCGGAGUUCGGUGCGGAACGGUGCACGGAGGAAAGGAAAUUUAUGCAAACUCAUAACGACCGUCGCUGCGCUGGCAAUGACCGUCCUUGCCAGAGGAACUUCAUCGCAAGAGGUAAAAUGUUCGCACGGUGACGAUUUCUUCUACUCGCUACCGGGAUCCCGCUGUGGAGUCUACUACCGAUGCUACCAGAAUCAACCGAUCUACUUCAGCUGCAUCGAUGGCGCAAUGUUUGACUUUUACCAACAGAGAUGUGUCCGAACGGAAGGAACAUGCUUCGAAGCGAUAUGUAUUGGUAAAACGAACAGAUUGUACGCGGACACAUCCCAGGGCUGCCGCCGGUCCUAUCGAUGCCGGGGUGGAAAGCUCACAACCAUCGACAACUGUCCCCAGGGAAUGCUGUUUGAUGGGAAAGUGUGUGCCCCGGAGGAGAACGUGAUGUGCGAAAGUGCGGAAUCAACGGCAGCAAGCAUCCGGUACGAGGCUGACCCACGCUGCUAUGGACUCCCCAAUGGAAACCACGUGCUUCCCGACGAUGGGAUGGAUUGCAAACGGUUUCUUCUCUGUCAAAACGGCCAGGUGCUGGACGUGUUGGAGUGUCCAUCGGGGUAUCGGUUCGACGAGCGAAGCAAACGCUGUAGACUGUCCAACCAACGGACCAGCUGUCGAGCGUCGUACCAGGACUGGAAAAUGGCCGACGAUAGUGGUUGUAGCAUUCUUCCGGACGGGUUUCAUCUCGCCGUUACCUCACACGAUUGCCGAUCGUACGUUAAGUGUCAGUCUCGACGCUUGGCUAGCCGGCAUGAGUGUCCCGCGAUGACGGCGUUCAACGGACAGCAGUGUGUUCCCACGUUUCUCUACCAUUGUCCCCGGUUGGAUGGUCCGGGAGAUAUCUGCCAGCAUCGGGACGAUGGAUAUCUGGUUGAUCCUCGCAAGGGCUGCGGAUAUUACGUACGCUGCCAGGGGCAACGUACCGUCGAACAGCAUUCCUGUCCGAAUGGGUUCCAUUACGAUGCGCUGGAGAACGCGUGCCGUGAAGCGGUGCAGGACACCACCUGCCAUCAGAUCCCGUACUCGACUGACUGUGUUGAGCGUGCGUCCGGGUUCUAUCAGGAUUUUACCGCCAUGGACGAUGCAUCGUUAAGUCCGUGCCGUGCGUACUUCCACUGCCACAAUGGGGUGAAAACGAGCUUCCACUGCAGCCAGGGGUACGUUUUCGACGGAGAAAACUGUGUCCCGCAGGCAAGCUACCAGUGCCCGGUGGAGGAUGUGAACUCGUGCCAGGGCAAACCGAACGGCUAUUACAAGGAUGCACGGGCCGGUUGCCGGGCGUACCAUCUCUGCACCAACGGCAACAAAAUAUCGUACCUGUGCGAACCGGGACAAAUCUUUCUCGGUGGUAAAUGUGUCGACGGGGUACACGGUCAGUCGCUUUGUGAGACUGACACGCCUUGCUCGGAACGGCCGGACGGGUACUACCAGGACCGGGACACCCAGUGUCGUCAGUAUUACUUCUGCCAGCGUGGCGAAAAGCUGCAGACACUUACCUGCCGGGGAAGCAAAAUCUUCGACGGGCGUACCUGUGUCCCGCCGGAUAGUUACACCUGUCCGACCGGGGUAGACGAUGUGGAUGCGGCUGCCAGUGAGAACUGCAUCGUGCGCCACUGUGAGCCGGCCUGUGCGAAGGGUGGCUUUUUUGCCGAUUACGAUAGUGGGUGCGAGCAGUACCAUUUCUGCAUCGAUGGCAAACAGAGCACACUGUCGUGUUCGGACAAUUAUGUGUUUAAUGGAGAGCUGUGCGUUCCGAAGGCGUCCUACUACUGUCCACGGUACUGUACGCCACCGGAAUCGUGCUAGAACUGCUUUCGCUAAUGAUCCGCAUCGAACGCCAUACAUACAGUCGAAACGCAAAUACUCUUACUCAAUCUUUUUCGCUUACAUACUGCCCUGUGUAGGUUUGGAGGUGACCUUACCGGUUGCAUUGGUAAGGGAAAAUCGUGAAAAAUUUCUCUAUCUGUCCAAGAAUACAAGCAAGAAACGCGCAGCUAGUAUAAGGAUAAGAACGUUUAGUUUUCCUAGCCCCAAUGAGCGUUGGUGUCCGUUGCGCGAGUUACGGCCCGCUGCUCAUUAUACAAUGUACGUUUGAAUUCAAACAAUGUAUCGUAAACGGCUAAUGUAGCUGUACCAUUAUUUAUAUGUACAUGUUACCUUAUUUUGCCAAAUAAACUAUUUCCAUCCAGCUUGUGGAUUUUAAUGGCCCUUCUCCGAAACUUUGGUCGUCCCAUUUUCCAGAAAUAGCUAAUAGGGUUUUGCAGGUACUUUCUAACACUUACCUGGUACGUUUUUAAGAAGCAGAUCAACAUUUUCUGAAUGUUAUAAAAAGGUUUUGCUUGUUACGAACCGCCGACAGUCGUUUGAAACCGUUGGCAAAGUUGGAAGGCUUUGUUCAAGAAGUUAAGGCACAAUAUCACACAAUGUUAGCCACAUACAUCACGUUACUAUCCGCCGGCUGUUUGCUGCUGGUCAAUGCAGG